CGCGGCUUUAUAUGCCGAGCCCCGAUGCCAUUGCGAUGCACGGCCACGGCAAAGGCAGAACACCGAGAAGAAACAAGGGGCUAUAGCAUAGGCGCCAGAAACAAGAGUCGUGCAUGGAUCCUAACGACGUCUUCUUGGCCGCGCACCCGUUCCGGUGGGACCUCGGCUCGCCGGCUCCGGCGGCAGUGCCUCCGCCUCCUCCCCCGCCGCCGCCUCCUCCUGCGCUGCCUCCGGCGAACGCGCCGAGGGAGCUGGAGGACCUCGUGGUCGGCUACGGCGUGCGCGCGUCCACGGUGGCGCGGAUCUCGGAGCUCGGGUUCACGGCCACCACGCUCCUCGUCAUGACGGAGCGCGAGCUCGACGACAUGACGGCCGCGCUCGCGGGGCUGUUCCGCUGGGACCUGCUCAUCGGCGAGCGGUUCGGCCUUCGCGCCGCGCUGCGCGCCGAGCGCGGCCGCCUCAUGUCACCGGGCUGCCGCCACCACGGAUACCAGUCCGGGAGCACCGUCGACGGCGCCGCCUCCCAAGAAGUGUUGUCGAACGAGCGCGAUGGGGCGGCUAGCGGCGGCAUCGGCGAAGACGACGCCAUGAGGAUGAUGGCGUCGGGCAAGAAGCAGAAGAACGGGUCCGCGGGGAGGAAGGCCAAGAAGGCCAGAAGGAAGAAGGUGAACGACCUGCGGCUGGGCAUGCAGGGUGACGAGCACGAGGACGGCGGGGGCGGCCUGUCGGAGUCGACGGAGUCGUCGGCUGGCGGAGGCGUCGGCGGGGAGCGGCAGCGGGAGCACCCGUUCGUUGUGACGGAGCCCGGCGAGGUGGCGAGGGCCAAGAAGAACGGGCUGGACUACCUGUUCCAUCUCUACGAGGAGUGCCGCGUCCUCCUGCUCCAGGUGCAGUCCAUGGCCAAGCUGCAUGGCCAGAAGGCUCCAACCAAGGUGACGAACCAGGUGUUCAGGUACGCGAGCAAGGUGGGGGCGAGCUACAUCAACAAGCCCAAGAUGCGGCACUACGUGCACUGCUACGCCCUGCACUGCCUGGACGAGGACGCCUCCGACGCGCUGCGCCGGGCGUACAAGGCGCGCGGCGAGAACGUCGGCGCGUGGCGCCAGGCGUGCUACGCGCCGCUCGUCGACAUCGCCGCGCGCCACGGCUUCGACAUCGACGCCGUCUUCGCCGCGCACCCGCGCCUCGCCGCCUGGUACGUGCCCACCAGGCUCCGCCAGCUCUGCCACCAGGCGCGGAGCUCGCAGGACGCGGCCGCCGCCGCUGCGCACGCCGCCGCCAUGCCGCCGGCAAUGUUCUAGCCGCGCGGCCGCUCUCGUCGUCGUUGCAGGCCGCGGUGGGCUGGAAUCGAAUGUUGUGACUUGUGAGUUUGUUGCUUGGGCCAGUCGAGUGGAGUAGCCUUUGUCUGUGUGUGUGCGCGCGCGCGCGCUUGCAUGGGACAUGCGAAUGUGAUGAAUGUUUGUAACAUGGAUGUUUAAUUCUAAGGCAUCUGGCAAAAUAUGAUCAGUCGUCAGCUAUUGAAUUUCAACGAGGAAAA